UCCCGGGCAGGGGACGGAAGUUGCACCACAAGUGUAAUUACUUUCAGUUUUGUUUCUCCAGCAGGUAGUCAGCCACCCGCAGGAGCCAGACCUCGGAAUCCCCUGGUGUUCCUGACAUGGUUCAAGGUCAGCUGUGACUGGUCCAUCUCUUGGGCCUGGGAGCUUCCUGGUCCUAUUUCUUUCACAGGCUCAACACCAGCAGCAUUUCCAUGGUGACAUUCAGUGAGUGUCAGGAAAGAGGAGGAAGUGGAGGAAAGACUGGCACCCUUCCCUAGUUCAAGAGCAAGAAGCCAGGAAGUCAGAAGGAAGUUCCUAACCAUUCAGCAUGGUCUCCAAGGGCUCCUCUCCAUCUCUGUUGGAGGCCCUCAGUAGUGACUUCCUAGCCUGUAAAAUCUGCCUGGAGCAGCUCCACACGCCCAAGACGCUGCCAUGCCUACACACCUAUUGUCAAGACUGUCUGGCUCAGCUGGCCAUCUGCGGGCAGGUCCGCUGUCCUGAAUGCCGGGAGACUGUCCCUGUACCAUCUGAGGGUGUGGCCGCCUUCAAAACCAACUUCUUUGUGAAUGGGCUCUUGGAUCUUGUCAAGGCCAGAGCUCCUGGAGACCUGCACUCGGGGAAGCCAGCCUGUGCCCUGUGUCCUCUGGUGGGUGGCAAGAGCUCUGGGGGACCCGCCACAGCCCGGUGCCUGGACUGUGCAGAUGACUUGUGCCAGGCCUGUGCGGAUGGGCACCGCUGUUCACGCCAGACCCACAGCCACCGUGUGGUGGACUUGGUGGGCUACAGGGCCGGGUGGUAUGAUGAAGAGGCCAGAGAACGCCAAGCAUCGCACUGCCCCCAGCACCCAGGGGAGGCCCUCUGCUUCCUGUGUCAACCCUGUUCCCAGCUGUUGUGUCGGGACUGCCGUCUGGGGCCCCAUCUGGAUCACCCCUGCCUGCCCCUGGCCGAGGCAGUGCGUGCCAGGAAGCCGGGCCUUGAAGAGUUAUUGGCAGGUGUGGACAGCAAUCUGGUGGAACUAGAGGCCACUAGAGUGGCCGAAAAGGAAGCCCUGGCUCAGUUGCGGGAGCAGGCGGCCAGUGUGGGGACACAGGUAGAAGAGGCAGCCGAACGCAUCCUCAAAUCCCUUCUGGCCCAGAAGCAGGAAGUCUUAGGGCAACUCCGGGCCCAUGUGGAGGCCGCAGAGGAGGCCACCAGGGAGAGGCUGGCCAAGAUCGAGAGCCAGGAGCAGGUGGCUAAGGCUGCAGCGGCUUUUGCCCGGAGGGUGCUCAGCCUGGGUCUGGAAGCAGAGAUCCUCUCACUUGAGGGAGCAAUUACACAGAGGCUCCGCCAGCUUCAAGGUUCUCCCUGGACACCCAGGUCUGCCCACUGCGUGCUGCCCCAACUGGAACUCCAUCCUGGGCUCCUGGACAAAAACUGCCAUCUGUUUCGACUUUCCUUUGAGAAAAAAGAGCAAGCCCCAAAGGCCAGUGAGAAGGGUAGCACUGGUACCCAAGGAGAGGAUGAAACCCCAAGCCAAGGAGAAGAUGAAGCCAAAGCAGGAAAACAGAGUGGAGGCCAGCCCGUAAGUAAGGCUGGAGCCUCGAAUCCCAAAGAAGACAAAGCCCAGACACCCCAAGAAGAUGAGGAAGUCCAAAUUGAAAGGGGUGGCCGUUUGAAGAAGAAAAAAUUCAAAGGCAGGUGUAAGUCCAUUUCUCGGGAGUCCAGUCCCAUCCUGAGGCCAAAUCUAGAAGGUUCUGGCCUCCUCCCUAAACCUGUUUUUUCCUGGAGUUUUCCUACAAGGAUGCCUGGCGACAAGCGUUCCCCACGCAUCACUGGGCUCUGUCCCUUCGGCCCCCAGGAAAUCCUGGUGGCAGAUGAACAGAACAGAGCGUUGAAACGCUUUUCCCUUAAUGGUGACUACAAGGGCACCGUGCCAGUUCCCGAGGGCUGUUCUCCAUGCAGUGUGGCUGCCCUGCAGAGCGCGGUGGCUUUCUCGGCCAAUGCAAGGCUCUAUCUUGUCAAUCCUGAGGGAGAUGUUCAGUGGCGCCGUUCUCUGAGUCUUGCCCAGUCCAGCCACGCCGUGGCAGCCAUGCCCUGUGGAGACCGGGUAGCAGUCAGCGUUGCAGGCCAUGUGGAGGUAUACAAGAAGGAUGGCAGCCUGGCCACCAGGUUUAUCCCCGGAGGCAAGGCCAGCCGGGGCCAGCGGGCACUGGUGUUCCUGACCACCAGCCUCCAGGGCAAUUUUGUGGGGUCAGAUUGGCAGCAAAAUAGUGUGGUUGUCUGUGAUGGGCUUGGCCAGGUGAUCUGGGAAUAUAAGGGGCCGGGUUUGCAUGGCUGCCAGCCAGGUUCUGUGUCUGUGGAUAAGAAAGGCUAUAUAUUUCUGACCCUUCGAGAGGUUAACAAGGUGGUUAUCCUGGACCCCAAGGGGUCACUUCUUGGUGACUUCCUAACUGCUUACCAUGGCCUGGAAAAGCCCCGAGUGACCACCAUGGUAGAUGGCAGAUACCUGGUGGUGUCUCUCAGUAAUGGGACCAUCCAUGUCUUUCGAGUCAGAUCUCCUGACAGUUAAAGAGGCUUAGAGCUGGGAUGGGGGUGGGAGGCAGGUGGGAAGGGAGGGAAGGCAGAAUAGAAGCAGAGCCACCUGUGAAAUGAGGUGGCUGGGGGGGUUGCAUUUUUCCAAGUUGGCAGUGUUUAUCCCUUUUAUGAUAUGAAGGGAUAGGGACCAAGGAUGGUAUGUGUGUCAGAAGUCAGCUGAGGCACUUGUUUUCCAUGAGUCGUGCCUGUGAGUGGUGCCUGUGGCUCUAGCUGCUGCUGUCAGGUUUAGGUGUCUUGAGAUUUGUAAAUGAGUUCUGAUUUGUAUUCUUCAAAAACAUUCCUUGGUUGGGAUCUUGAUUCUUCUGUAGCGCUCUUGCAGAGAAUCCACCGGGAAGGGGCUGGGGUUGGUAGAGGGUUUGCUUAGCAUGCAGGAAAUUCUGAGGUCAAUCUCCAGUUCUACCUUCCUUCCUGGCCCCCUUCCCCUAAAUACUCAUGGAAGAGCUGAGGGAGAAUCCUGGGAAGAUAGGCAAAGUCCUAUUCUAGGCAAAGGAAGGCCCAGGGUAGGUCAAGAGAUGGGCACGGUGCAGAGGAGCCAAGAACUGGCCAUCCUUACAGAGGCACAUGGAAUCAGAAUGGCAAUGUCAUUGAAGGGUUCUGCCAGCUACCACUAGGGCGUCAAGGCUCCCUCAGUGACAUGUAGGGUGGGGGGUGCAGGUACAAGCAGGGGCCACAGAUACGAGAUUAAAGCCAGACAUUGGUAUGACAUGCACCUGUAAUCCCGGCACUAGAGAGGCUGAAGCAGGAGAAUCACAAGUUUGAGCCUAGCCUUGGCUACAUAGGAAGACCGUGCCUGGAGAAAAAGGAAAAGUCCACAUGCCCUCCCCCAACUCUUAGUCACCCACAAAAGCCAGCUCUGUCUCCCACAGCAUGUUCAACUGGUUCAACAAGGGUGCCCGUUGCUAGAAGGAGCUAGAACUCUGCAGCCAAGGGGCUGCAGUGGCUGUGCAUGCAAAAGCUGCUGGCCUUGGAAGGAAGGUCCCUGCUUCCACACACUCUGCUCACCCAUGCUGGAGGACACUGACUGUGACUACAAAUCCACAGUGCUCCUGGUCAGCCGAGACAGCACAGGCAAGACCAUCUUUACCUGCCACCAGAUAGAUUAGGUAGGACAUCCUGGGAAUGUGCACUGAGCUGAGCCCACCCCUGACUCUUUCAUAGUGGUCAUGCACAGACCUACCGAGGAUGUCAUGCCCUGCAGCAUCUCCUCAGGGACUUGUGGUGCCCCUUCUGCAAGCUUAACACCUUGGGCAAUGCCAGCCUGAACAGUCAUG